AUGGUAGAUCCUGACUUGGUAGGGGUUUGUAGUGAACUUAUGAGGAAGCAGUUGGUGGUGAGUGACGUGAAGGGAAGUCUAUGCAGGCUUAUGUUAGGGACGACGGAAGUGAAGAAGAUGAUGCUUAGUGUUUUCGAAAAAACAGAGAGUGUUGGGACUGAUGGGCUUCAGGUUUCGGUUUAUGGAACAAACGGAAAGGUGUAUGAGAUGAUGUUGAAGAUGUGGAAUAAGAACACGGUUCCUGUCUUGAUGAAUGCCUUAUGGAACAAGUUUGUGGCUGAUUAUGGUCUCAUGAAGUAUAGCGAUUUUCUAACUGUUUGGAUGUUUAGGCACAGAGAGAGUGGUAAGAUUUGCUUGGCGAUUGAUUACACUAGGUUUGAUUCUAUAACCAAAAAGCUGAGUCCGAGGAUCUCGAAACUUGUCUUCAAGAAUCCAAAUUAG